AGAGCAGCUGCUCCCACACAAACCACAAGUACACAAGUCUUCCUUUUUCUUCUUCUUUCAGCUUCCUUCUUUAGGGGUCGCCACAUCUGCCUCCAUCUUGCCCUGUCCCUUUUGUCCUCUUCAGUUACACCAGCUGUCCUCAUGUCCUCCUUCAAAACCUCCUCUGCACGUGACCAAACCAUGUCAACCUUGACUCUUUGACUUUAUUUCUGACUUUUAUUCUCUUUUACAUGGUUGACCCCAGGUAUUUAAAAAAGUCAUCCAUGUCUGCUAACUCUACUCCUUGUAUCUUCACAAUACCACCUGACCUGAUAAGUCACACACAGGUAUCCUGGGAACUAGACCAACCUGCAACCAGGCACCUUCUGGAAUGGUGUGCUCUCAUAUGUGCCAUGAUUUAUUACUUUUUUACUCUAAAUAGGGUCGUAAAUUUAGGAAGAGACAUGGUGUUCUUUUGAAGAAGUACCAAAGCUUGUCAUUGAGGACAUUAAAUCCUGUGGGCAGUGUUUACUGAUGCUAUUAGAGGUAGAUUUUCUUUCCAAUGGUUAUCAGCCCGUGCCAUAGUGUGGAUAAUAAAAAAGUGACUUAGACAAUCUGUCAACAAGUGCGAGGCCUCCGCCUUCCAUGCAACAUUUGCUCAUGGUGUCGUGGGAGAAGCCAAACAGACGAAAUGGCAGUGUGUCAUUUUGGUCAAUUCAGAGUAGGUCUGUGACUCUCAGAGGGAGUGUGGAUAUUCAGCAGGAAUGGCAUGACUUUGGGGUUUUUAAAUGACAGGACUGGACAGUUUUCCCUCCUGCAGAGUUUUUGUGAGCAGCCAUGGAAAACCUCGGGAAGAUCAUCUUCUACAGCAUGAUCGUACUCACCAUUGUAUUCUGGGUCCUCAUCAUCCUCUUCUUAUGCUUGGCCUUCUCAACACCCUCUUAUGGUGUGCUGAGCAGUAACACCACGCCCAUCGGCGAGCUGGGCAAGGCCCAGCUUCUCAGCUGCUAUCUGACCACACAGAGUAUAAGCCAGGUGUCUGUUUCCUGGGAGAAGAAGGGAGUCGAAGGGCUCAUUUACCAGUACAGGAGUGGGGCGGCAAAUCUUGGGGACCAGAACUCAGAAUUCCGAGGGAGGACAGAGCUCUUCCCUGAUGCUUUGGUCACAGGAAACGCCUCUCUGCUGCUGAGGAAUGUGACGAGCACUGAUGAAGGGGAGUACACCUGCAGCAUCAGCUCCUAUAUGGGUGAAGGGAAAGUCAACAUCUAUCUCAAAACAGCAGCAGUCUCUUAUGAUGUGUUGAGCACUAACAAAACGGCCAUCAGAUUUCUGGGUGAAGACCAGCUUCUCAGCUGCUACCUGACCCCGCAAAAUACCGAGCAGGUGUCUGUUUCCUGGGCGAAGAAGGGAAUGGAGGGGUUCGUCUACCAGUACAGUAAUGGAUCUGCAAAUCUUACCUACCAGAACUCACAAUUCACAGGGAGAGCAGAGAUGUUCCCUGAUGCUUUGGUCACAGGAAACGCCUCUCUGCUGCUGAGGAAUGUGAGACCCACUGAUGACGGGGAGUACACCUGCAACAUCAGUUCUUCUACAGGUCAAGGGGAAGUCAACAUCUAUCUUAAAACAGCAGCAGUCUCUUAUGAUGUGUUGAGCACUAACAAAACGGCCAUCAGAUUUCUGGGUGAAGACCAGCUUCUCAGCUGCUACCUGACCCCGCAAAAUAUUGAGCAGGUGUCUGUUUCCUGGGCGAAGAAGGGAAUGGAGGGGUUCGUCUACCAGUACAGUAAUGGAUCUGCAAAUCUUACCAACCAGAACUCACAAUUCACAGGGAGAGCAGAGAUGUUCCCUGAUGCUUUGGUCACAGGAAACGCCUCUCUGCUGCUGAGGAAUGUGAGACCCACUGAUGACGGGGAGUACACCUGCAACAUCAGUUCUUCUACAGGUCAAGGGGAAGUCAACAUCUAUCUAAGAACAGCAGAAAUCCUUUACGAUGUGAUGAGCACUAACAAAACGCCCAUCACAAUCCUGGGCGAGGACCAGCUUCUCAGCUGCUACAUGACCACGCCAAGUCUCGACCAGGUGUCAGUCACCUGGGUAAAGAAAGGAGUGGAGUUUUUUUUUUACCAGUACAGUAACGGAGCAGUAAACAUUAGUGACCAGAGCUCAGAAUUCAGAGGAAGAACAGAGGUCUUUCCUGAUGAUUUGAUCAGAGGAAACGCUUCUCUGCUGCUGAGGGGUGUGACGCGCACUGAUGCCGGGGAGUACACCUGCACCAUCCGCUCCUCUACGGGUAAAGGGAAAGUCAACAUCUAUCUCAGGACAGCAGUGAAGACUUGUCCCGAUGGAUGGACAACGGCUCAAUCGUCCUGUUAUCUCUUCUCCACGACAUAUGGUUCUUGGUAUAAAGGCAGGAAGGACUGCAUGGAGAGAGGAGCUGAUCUGGUGACCAUCGGCAGCACUGAAGAACAGAUGUUCAUCUGCAAAAUGAGCAGGCAUGACAUUUGGAUUGGCUUGACAGACAGACUCACCGAGGGUGACUGGAUUUGGACGGACGGAAGACCUCUCACUCUGCCGUUUUGGCAGACCUUUCAGCCAGAUAACGGCAGAGGAGAUCCAGCUAACGGCGAAGAGGACUGUGCAGUUCUCCGGCCGAGGGUGAACUUUAACAGAAACUGGAACGACCUGCGGUGUGAUGCCAGCCUGAGCUGGCUCUGUGAAAAAAAUGCAUCGCUAUUAAUUGAGGAUUAAAGUCUUGUUCGUACUUUUACUUUAAUCAUUCACAUGCAUAUUUUGUAAAUUAAAUGUAUUAUCAUGUUCUGUGAUAGACACUGCCUCACACCAGAGGACUUGACUUGAUUUUAAAAACGUGGGAGACCACAGACACAACGGUAUUUGUAAUUGAUUUGCAAUGUUUUAAUCCUGAGGACACACAUACUACACAAUCUAGUCAAGACGCAGGACCACACACUUGGUGUUUAAUCAAACGAUUCCAGGGAUUUCACAGAAAGCUGCGUGAUUUAACGUGACUUCAGAAUGUGAACAUGUCUGUUUACACUCUGAAGUCACGUCGGCGUUGUCAGUUAAUAGCUUUUUAUCUGUGGAUGAAGUCAUGGCUGAGAAGACUGAAUCAACUUGGUUUCUACAAGUUACGGUUCUAAACAAAAGUAAAUCAUCCUCAUUGGUUAUUCUGGGUUCUGCUCACGCUCUAAUCGUAAAUAUCAAACCUUUUUACUUACGAUUUGAAAUCAGGAAGACUCGUCCAAUGACGUUAAAAUCGUGUCCGUUAAUCCUCACACCACAGGAUAAUUUGGCCAGAUAAUCUGUUCAAACCAACCUCAAAUCAUAAGGCACCCACGAUUGUCGAAAAAGGCCAUAUCAGGCCAACAGUUGGGCCAACUAUCCUCUAGUAUGGGGCAGGCAUUAAAUGCAUUGAUUUGUAUGUAACUGAAAUUUUGGACUUUUGUAUUUUUGUACAGUGGAUUGCUUUACGUGACAUUUAGGAUUGUUCAAAAGCUGUGGUUCCUUUACUAAAGUUCUUUUAUCUGCCGUACAUCCUGUAAAAUCAUUACGUGUGAAACCUCCACUGAGAUAGCGGAAGUUGCAGUAAGAUACUCUUUGCCAGUGGCUAAAAAUAGUCACGUUUUUCUAACUAACUGCUUUUACAUAUUAAAGUUUUACAUUAAAAACCCA